GGAUACUGAAUAUAAAGGACUACAGCUCUCCCUGGAUCAGGUCACUGCUACCAAGCCAGCAUUCUCAUACACAAAUUCAACUCCGACCAUAACGGACAACAGAAAAGGAAGCAAAUCUCGCCUCUCGAGCACAAAGUCAAAAUCAAGGACAUCACCAUACCCACAGUAUUCUGGAUUUCACACUGAGAGAUCUGAGUCUGACCACGAGAGCCAGUGGGGCGGGAGCCCCCUGACUGAUACAGCUUCUCCCCAACUGCUGGAGCCUGUGGACAGACCGAGCUCCCAGCACCAUGAUGUCUCCUGUGCCUACAGACAGUACUCAGACCGCAGUGCUCUCUGCUAUGGUUUUACACUCGAUCACUCCAGGCUGGCUGAUGACAGACAUUUCCAUACUCAGGCCUGUGAAGGAGGCAGAUGUGAAGCUGGCCGGUAUUUCCUUGGCACGCCGCAGCCGGGAAGGGAGAGCUGGUGGGGUUCUCGUUCAGCAUUACCCCUGACUAAGUCAUCCCCUGAAAGCAGAGAAGCGUAUGAAAACAGUAUGCCCCACAUAACUUCAGUGCACAGGAUUCAUGGGAGAGGACACUGGGAUGAGGACAGUGUUGUUAGCUCGCCUGAUCCUGGCUCUGCCAGUGAAUCAGGCGACCGGUAUCGUCCUGAGCAAUAUCAGAGCAGUCCUCAUGAGCCCAGUAAAAUUGAAACUCUAAUAAGAGCCACCCAGCAAAUGAUUAAAGAGGAAGAAAACAGACUACAGCUGCGGAAAACGACCCCUGAUCCACUGGUCUCCAUUAAUGGCACAGGGAAGAAGCACACUAUUUGUUUUUCAAACUACCCUCAGCAGCAGUUGGCAGGGGAUGUCUGCCGUGUCCCAACAGUUGCCAACACUCCUCCCUGUGAACACAUCCAGCAACGAGAUGGGAAGAUUUUGAGCCCACAUGAAAAUGACUAUGACAACAGCCCCACAACACUGUCUAGGAUAAGCAGCCCUAAUUCUGACAGAAUAUCGAAAUCUAGCUUGGUACUAGCUAAAGACUACCUGCAUUCAGACAUAUCCCCUCAUCAAACCCCAGGGGACCACCCAGCAGCCUCUCCAAAUUAUUACAACUCCCACAGACAGUACUUUGAUAAGCAUGCUUACACAUUAACUGGAUAUGCCCUGGAGCAUCUAUACGACACUGAAACCAUUAGAAACUAUUCACUAGGCUGUAACGGAUCACACUUUGAUGUGACUUCUCACUUAAGGAUGCAGCAAGACCCAGCACAAGGACACAAGGGUACAUCCGUUAUAAUAACCAAUGGAAGCUGA